GUCAGAUCACAUGAUCAAUGAAAGCGGAAGACAUUUUGUCGGCUUGGAAAACAGGCCGUAUCAAAAUAUUGUUUGGAGGCCAGAGGAUUUUAUCCUGUAAUUUUUGUGAUGCAGUACUUAUCUUAAGCUGUUAAUAUGGCACUUAAGAAAGUUAAAGGGACUCUUGAGCGAGUUCUUGAUAAAAACUUGCAAGAUCUUGUGAGAGGCAUACGGAAUCACAAGGAAAAUGAGGUUAAUAUGAAUGAAUACAUUUUUAAGUAGUCUUCAUCCUAUUAUCGACAAUAGGUUUCUUGUCUUACAGAAGACAUGAUUUUAACUUAGGCUACAGGUGACGCCCCCGAAUUAGGAAAGUGAAAAGGGGUGAUACAUAUUUAAAUUCCUGUGAUUAUUCAUAGCAAAGUACCGGGAGAAUACCUAUUAUUUAAAACAAUGAACUGGUUAAUUUUUAUAUUUUUAGAAAACAAACUUAACAGAGAAAAGAACUUAACUAAAAAAAAAAAAAAGUUGAUAUUUUUGCCUACAAAAUCUAAUAAAUAGUUCAAAGAUUAGCCUACUAAUGCUAAUACUUAAUUGCCUCUAACCUUCCAACCCCCAGUGCAUGAUACCCUCUCAUAAUAGCCCUUGCAACCAGUGAAAUAUCCUCAUCAACACCAGGCACAGAAACAUAGUAUAGGAGCCAAAAUGAUCAAUAAAUUGAUCGUGGGCCCUUCAUUCUUAAUAUAUACAGAUGACUUAGAAGAAGAAGAAUUACUAGAUUAGAUAGCCUACCACUACUGCUAGUAUAUAUUAGUAUUGCUUUAUCUAAAAAAAACUUGUGUAGUAAACUAAGUAAGUAACUUGAUAUGACAUGAUCAUGAACUAAAUCGACUAAAUGAAAAUGAUAUGCAAGUACUAGUGACUAGUGUAUGACUAACUUAGGGCUUAGGGAGUAUGAAAAAUGAUUAUCAUUGAAUUGCAUAGCCUAUAUAAUGAAUUGAAUAUAAUCCAUUUGAUACUACCAGUAGACAUUUACAUUACAUUUAUACUAACCUUGGUAGUUAAGUUAUUAUAGUUAUAUUAUAUUAUUGUAGUAAGUUAGUCCUACUAAACUUUACUAGUACUUAGUUUAGUCUAUGACUGGAAUACUUAAGUAGUAAUGAGGCCUAUGUACUAGGACUAGUAAGCCUAAAUUAUAAUAGCAUGCUAAUAAACCAAGGCUAUAACUAGGCCUACUUCUAGGCCUAAGUGGUAAGUACUACUUAUUGUACUACACAAAUUAACAAUUACUUAAAUUUAAGUUUAACCUUUAUUGUCUAUUGAAACUCAUAAAAAAUGUGUGGUGAUAAAUGGAUGGUUGGGAAACUGAUCUCUAACUUUCUAUGUCCCCUUAAAAGUGAGUAAAAAUGUGUAGGCACUAAUUAUACUGUUUACACUGUUGUUAGCAGUGACUGAUACAUAGACACGGGUAUAGUUAUGCAAAUACUACUUUUUUUAGGCAUAAUUUAUUUCAUAAAAAUGAUUUUGAUGGUGCAUCUUUCUUCAUCCUUGUCCAUGUUAGGUUUAUAGCUGCAUUUAUUUUUCUAACUUUUUUCAAAAUAACAUAUUCAUUCAAUUUCCUCUGUUUAAGAACUAACUACACCAGGUGAUUAUUCUAAUACUAAUACUGGCAAAUAUCAUAUUGUUCUUUAAAAAAAUGCAAAAUGAUAACAAAUAUAAAAAAAUUGUUAAGUUAGUAUAAGUGGAUUAAUGGUUAGAAGAUAAUACAAAUUUGAAACCAAUGUAGAUUAGGGGCGUAGUAAAUAAAAUUAUAUUUAGAAUGAAAUAUUUAUAUCUUUGAGUUACGCAAAAUAAGAGGAAUUAGCCUCUAAGCUAAUUUUUUUUAUCACCGAAGACAGAAUAGUUAAGACUUGGGCUUUUUAAAAACAUUCUUAUGAGCAAACAUAAAUUUUUAAAUUUCUUGCUGCCAUCAAGUAUGGAGUAUGGUCAAUAUGAAUUAAACUUUGAAUAGACCUUUCCAGGGCUUCCUACAUUGCAAAAAAACUCUGUACAAUAGAAUUUAUAUUUUGUAACGUGGACUAAACAUCUUUAUUUGUGUUUAACUCUUUGUUACAUCAUUGUGCAACACCAAGAAGAAUGUAAUAUUCUGCUUGUACUACAGUUUGAGAUUUUUAUUUGACGUUGGGUACGUGCCAGAUAAGACCAUGCAUUUGAUUUGUUUUAUCUGUUUUAAGAAUUUUAAGGAUUUAAGCUAUGAGACAAAACGUUAGACAAUUUUAUUAUUAUACUUCACUGUCUCAAUUUUUAAAUGAUUUAAUAUUAUUAUUAAUAUUUUUAAUACUAUUUUUUGCAGAGCAAAUAUAUUGCAGAAUGCAUUGAUGAAAUAAAGCAGGAACUAAAGCAGGAGAAUUUAGCAAUAAAAGCCAAUGCUGUCAAUAAACUUACUUAUGUAAGUUACUAUUUAUUUUAAUAUGUAGAUAAACAUAUUUUCAAAUAAAUGUUCAACUAUUAAGUUAUUAUAAUUGUAAAUAAGUGUUUUUCUAACAAGGUAUUUAGAAUAUUUGUAUUACUCAUUAAAGUUUUAAUGAAGAGUUUUUUUGACCGCAUAUUUUACUUAUUUUUAUUAUCUGCUUCUUAUUUAAUCUUUAGUACUGAUUUUGCUCAACUAAUAUUUUAUGUCUCUUACUCUUAGCUUCAAAUGUUGGGAUAUGACAUAAGCUGGGCAGCCUUCAAUGUAAUUGAGGUUAUGAGCUCAACAAAGUUUACUUUUAAGGUAAAACACAGAAGAGUCUAUGUUAUAAUUUAAUCUGUUACAAUUGGAGAGUAUUGGCAGGUAUAUAAUUGUUAUACGCAGCAGAAUAUAUACAAGUAUUUAGUUGCUUUUUUUUUUACUUCAUAACAGAGUACCCUAUGGCUCUGUACUAAGUAUUUUAUGGGAGUGAGCUCAUUUCAUUUUGUUUUUACUGCAUGUUUUUAAGGGAGAUUAAGUUUUAUUAAAUAUAAUGUAGUCAGAGGGAUGAUUCAUUUAUACCUCUAUUAGAUAUUCAAAAUUAACAUGAAAAUUUUACUUUAAAAUAUUAGUUUUACAAAUAUUUUUUUUAUAAUCGUAUAAAUUCCUUUUACCGUUUUUUUUGUCCUGACUGUUAACAGCGGAUAGGAUAUUUGGCUGCAGCGCAAUCAUUCCAUGAAGGUACUGAUGUCCUUAUGCUUACGACUAACAUGAUCAGAAAAGUAAGAAACUUUAAAUUUUGUUUCUAAAAUUUCUGUACCGAAACGUUCUUGGAUGUAAUUUUUUAAUGUGAAUUUUUUUUUUUUUUUUUUGGUGAAACAAAAUGUGAAUUUAUGUUAGCAAGUGUCAAGCUUACUCUGCCCAUGCUAACUCUACUUUUUGGUUCAAUAAGGUUUUUAAACAAUUUCAAUUAUUACAUAUUGUGCUGAAUUUUUACUAGUUCUUUUUAUUUAAUGAUUUCAAGAAACCUUAUUGGUUGUUUAAACUCACUAUGUCUUCUUAAUGUUCCUUCUCUGUUUAAAACAGCUCUUGAUGUUCAUAGGAGAUUUAUUACUCAAUUAUAAGACAGCAGAUUUUAUUUUAAAUACAAAACUUAAUUCUUCUACUUUUGUUUUUAUUACAUAAGGAAUUGGUAAGUUGCUCAAAUGGGACUGUGGUGAUUCAUUUGUCAGCAUCUCUAACAAUCAGGUUUCUUGGAAACUUGUUAAUACACAUUCCAAGCAUGCCAACUAAGCCAGUAGCAUGUCUUUCUAAUGGCAAUUUUCUUAAAAUAAAACAAUUUUUUUAAUACCAUCAGAAGCUUAUUUUAUUAUUUUUUUUUUACAAAUCAGAGUUAAAUAAAUGAAUGUUUAUAUUUGAAGUAUAUAAAUUAUUUUCUCAGUGUAUUUAUGUUUAAUUUGUAGCAAGUUUCGACACAAUUAAUUGAUCUAGGGGCAAUAUGAUUUAUUAGAGGUGGGAGCAAAAUAUCAAAAUGGCUUAAUGAUAGGGUUCUGUAGUUUAAAUAAAGACAGCAAUUACAAAUUAUUGAUAAAUAAAAACAAAUUUGUACUUAGCAAUUAGAAGAAACAAGAAGACAGGUGAGCCAUCUUUAGUGGUUAUCCACUUUUGGCUUUUAACUUUAAGAUGGUAAUGGAACAUUCUUUUAAAUGUAGAUCGGUCUAGGCUGUAAUUACUUUGCCCUUCCAUCUUUUUUAUGAAUAUUCUUAAUUUUAAAAAGUCAUUCUAAUUAAAUAUAGGCUAAAUCAUAUUUAUUACAUCCUGUUGUAAAAUUGCCUAUUUCAUGAAAUUGACAGAAACAUGUCCAGUUCAUGAAGUGGACAGCAAUAAAAACUGCCCAUUCCAUGAACUGUCCUGUUGAAAGAAUAAGGAUAUUUCUGUAUUUAAGAUUGUUACUAUUUUAGAUGCUGUUAUUUACUUAAAUUGAAUGUCACGGCAAAUAAUUGUAAAUUGUUAUUUAAUUACAUGCUUCAAAUUUGGUUUAUGAUCUAUUAAAUUUUUAGAACUUACUUACAUUAUAUAUUAUUAAUUUAAGGUGUCAUUUGUUUUCUAUUUGUUAUCCAAUGAUGGGAGUCAUGGAAAAACUUUCAUAGUUAAAAUGUGUUUUUUUGCUUUCAAUUUUGCCCAAUAAUUUUCCUUGUUUGCUGAGAUAUAGACUUAGGAUAUAGUAAUAGUUUUUCCAGCAUUGUCUGCCAAAUUUUUAAUCUUUUUUUUCAAGGUUCUUUUUGAAAAGUGUCCACAAAGUCUUCCUUGCUUUCCCUUCUUCUUGUACAUUUUGAGGGCCCACCAUCAAUGUAUUGAUCAUUCUGGUUCCUAUUUUUGUAGAGGGGGUUUGUGUUUCUAUGCAUGGUUUUGAAGAGGAUACUUCACUGGUUGCAAGAGCUACUCGGCGAUGAUAUUAGCAACUUGGGGGUUGGAAGGCAGGAGGCAAUCGACGUAAAUGUGUCAAGUGUUGUCGCCUCAACUGUUCCCAUUGGAAGCUUGUUCCAGUCCCUGAUUGUCUUUUGCAGGAAUGAGCAGUUCAUUUACUGCGUUCUUGCUAUUAUGAGCCAGAACUGCCUGUCAUGGCCCCGACACUGUAUAGUGGGGGAGAGGCACGAGUUUCUGUUUAAUGCUUGAGCAGUGGACCAGCCAAUUUUUUUAUCUUGAACAUCAUGGCGGGACUGGAUAAUCAUCACCCUUCCUUCAAUGGUUACCAGCCGUGUUUCCAGCAUGCUGCCAGCACUUGAGGUGUUCCUGUUGCGGUUCAAGACAAAGCAUGCUGCCAAUUGCUGGACCGCCUCCAACCUGUCUAUGCUCUACUGGGUGAAUGGUUCCAGACUGAAGAUGGAUCCUUAAAUUUCGCCUUAGGAACCCUCAGGCCUUAUUUUCCUGGUGGCAAAAAUUGUAAAUGUGCUCGUCCCAGGGACCUCUCUUUGAAUGGUAACACAGAGGAAACUGUCUCAAGAAUAUGGCCAUGCAGUUCGUAAGGGUGGUGUAGAGGGGUUCUUCUUCUGGAGACUAACAAGGUCUGGCACUGGGCAGGAUAAAAAUCCAUGUCCCAGCUGAUCUCCCACUCGGCUAACCAAUGGAGGUCCUGUUGUAGCUGGUACUGGUCAGUACUAUUGUUGAUCGUCCUGUACACCGCUGUGUCAUCUGUGAACAGGCUUGCUUGGGAGUUCAACUUCUUGUGCAGAUCAUUGGUGUAUGCUAAGAACAAACAGGGGCCUAGUACAGGGGGGGGGGGGGGGGGACAACGACACCCUGACUUAACAUUGACAAAGGAGGAGCUUGUGCUGUCUACCACUAUGGCCUGGCAUCAGUACCAAUGAAAAACCUGUUUGCUGUUACGAUUUCGGUGUACAAUGUGUGAUUUUGAGAUGUCUUUUACGAGUAGUAACUAAAAAGUACAUCUUCGGUUGUUAGUUUUAACUAGCAUUAGCAUUCUACAUUCAGCAGUGAAUGGAUCCAGAAGUACGAUUGGUUUGGGACCAUCUAUAAUUAUAUUACAUUUGCCCUUAGGGGGAAAUGGAAUGGUGUUGAUUUAGGAGAUUUUGUGUAAUAGUGGGGGAAGGGGGUCUAAAUAUUUAAGAAUAUAAAAUUAACUUGCCACAUUUUUGUAUGAUAGUUGUGGGGGGGGGGGGUCUCGGCUAAGAAUAUGAAAGUUAUUAUGAAAUUCUACAAUAUUGAUCCAAAAAUAGCAAUUUAUGGCAUUUUUUUGUAGGAAUUAUUACCAUGUAUUUUCACAAAUGAACUUGCUAUAUACACUCAGAUAGAAGUCAGUAGUAGAGGUAUUGCCGCAAUAUAUAGUCCAACUUAUGUUCAACAUGCAUGUGACAUAUAUUUUGUUGGGCUACGCCAGUGGUUCUAAAAAAUUUUGUUUCCCAGUGCCUAUGCCAAAUUAUGUGUUCACCAUGCUCCAUGUGUUAAAUUGUAACAAGUACAUGUCCAAAUAGCGCAUACAUAGAAAAAUGUACACCCCCUUGGCAGACCAAUAAAAGGACUAUUGUUAGCGCCCCUUUUCUUUCUAAGUAAAUGUGAUUUUAUAGUUUAAUUCACUAUUAUGGUCCUUUCUAAAGCAUUUUGGCGCCUGUUGCUCUUCAUCCCAUUCUCAUGGCCCUGCCCGGGCUUUAUGACGUAAUUUUGUGACAAUUAUUUCUUAUGGCUGAACUGCGACUGGCAAGUGCUGAAAUGGAGAAAACUAGAGAAUGCAUUCUCAACAAUUCCGCACAGCAAUAUUAGAUAUUGUCAAAUUUUAUAGGAUCUGAGAGGGCCUUUGAAAUCUAUUUUAGAUCACGCUUAACAGCUGUAUUAUAAGAGUGUUGGAAUACGAUAAAGCUUUAAAGUGGAUUAAUUAGACACAAACAAUUUGUGUAAAUAAAACAAUAUAUGUUAGCUUUAAAGAUUAUACAAAAUACAAAUGUGGAUGUUUCGGCAAGUGCCUUCAUCAGUACAGUUUUAAAAAAUCCGACAAAAAACAUUUAUACGAGUAUUAAUUAAAUUUACAUAAUAUAUAUAUAUAUAUAAAUGUAUCCUACCUAAAAAUAGAGAGAAAAGAAAAAGAGUUUGUGUUUAAUUGUUUAAAACCGCUGCAUGAUUUUUAAUACCCCCUCUUCCUUUCACCCAUUUACAGCUUGUGGUAGUUAUCAGACUGUAAUAUGUUAACGGGAAAUAGGCAUAAUGGAUAAUGAUUCUUAUUUAUUUUAAUAAAGCAUAUUUUCCUAAAAAAUAAAUCUCAAGUUACCUGGUAGGAUUUAUGAUUAAAUGAUGCCCUAAUUUGUUAAUUAAUUAUUAUCUCAAUAAAUUUAUUUUAUGCUGAUCUGACUUCGAGUUUGAACCACAUUAAAUUUCACCAGUAACUUUAUUUUACCAGUGACAGACUGGGCUAAUGUGACCUGCAUGUUCACCUAAAUAUUAAUUGAGAUCUAUAGCAGAUGCUCACCUGCAAAACAAAGUGAUAGCAAUAUAAUAAUCAGUCAUCUACAUUUGAAAGUUACCUUUUUUGACACAAGCUUAACUGGAUUCCACUAGACACCCAAUGCGAGUAGUUAUUAAAUACAUUAUAUAUACAGUAUGUUUAUUUAUUUACUAUCAAGGUAUUUUAUUGUACGAUUUUGAGAUGAUGUACGAUUUUUGGAGUUCAAGGGUAAACAGAUUUGCCAUGAUCUUUAAAAGUUUUUUUGUUGGAAAAUAUUUAAUGUCUGGGCGGUUAUUCUUUGUGACAACUCAAAGUCUGUGAGGCUUAAAUAGCAUGAUGAAGUGGGGAUGAUAAAGCUGAAACUUAGGUCCCCAAGUUAAAUUUUGAUUCCUGAUUUUAAAAAAAAAACUUUUUGCAUGAAUUUUGAAGAUUGUUUAAGUUAAAGGCCUGCUUCAGAUAAAUAAAAGGCAUAAGGAGAUCCAAUGUACACAUUCUCACUGUCAUUUAUGAAAUUUUUCUUUGUCUAAGUGUUUCAGGUUGUUUUUUUAGCAGUACUUGGUAACUUAGCAUUAUUACUAGGGCAAAGAUUUUUAUCAUUAAAUAAAAUAACGUAUUUUGGAAAUGAUCAUUAUAAAAUAGGGGACGAUGGGGGGAAAAAAACGUAGCUGCAAAUGUGUAGUAGAAAUUCUUUUUAUAAUACAAGGAGAAGAAAAAUGAGAAGGAGAAUAAAAAAAUCAAAACAAGGAAUUUCCUUAUGUUAAAGUUUACUUCAAAUGUUCCAUGUCAGUGAUGAGACAGAAGGAUAUAGCUCAAGAUGAGCUGAAUAUGAACACCAUUUAAAUAUAACUUGAUUGAAUAAAGGGUUAAGAGGAUACAGUGAAAAUGAAUUAUUUCACUAAUGACACCACACACACAUUAUUGACAUACUAUUAUUGUUAUUUGAUAUAUCAACAGUGCAUUUUGAUGUGACUAUAAUUUAAUGAAGUGUAUUGCAAAAUUUCGCUUAUUCAUGACAUGGGCAAUUUUGUUUUUCGGGUGUGUCAUCUUUAUUAAAAUUGAAACAAAAAUAUGUUAAACUCAUGGAGAGGUGACUUUAAUGUUAUACUUUUAUGAAAUAAAUAUCUUUUGAGAUACUUGAUAACAUUGCCCCAAUAAUUGCUAGGCAUAGAAACAAGGUGUGUUGUUGGUCAGGGUUCUGACAUUCCGAUAAUGUAUAGUACCAAAUGAUGUUUUUUUCCACAAAUGGCUCUUCAGUUAAACAUAGACACAGAUAAAUUCUUUUCUUCUGUUACUUAGCAGAAUAUCACAUACACAAGACAUUUUACAUUUUUGUGUCAUUUGAACAUUUUAUUUUUAAACUUCUUUGAUAUGUAAUUUCUUUGUCAAUUCAUUUUAAAAGUUGCCUGCUAAAAUGUUAUGUAUUCCCCUUUUGCACACAUUUUAAUUACUUUAAUACCUUGUUUUUAAUUACAUUAUAUUAAGAUUCACUAUGCUAUAUUUUUCUCUGCCCUAUGAUUUAAUAUCAAACUCUUUUUUUAGCCCACCAUAAUUGUUUUUCCCUCUUCAUUUGUAAAUAAAAUAGUCCAGCCCUUUUAUAACAUUCGACUGUUUAAAACAAGUAAAUUUAGAUAUUAAUUUAUUGUUACUAAAAAGAUUUGCACUGUCUUUGUAUCCAAUAUCUGGGCAUGUUAAAUAGAUUGACGUUGAUUUAAUCUAUUUAAAGCAAUCAAAUUUUUCCACCUUAACACAGGUUCUUAAUUACAAAAGUAAAUGACCUAUUUUCCCUGCUUCACUUGUUUACUAACAUAAAGUUAUCUGUUGCUUUGAUUAUGAGAUUGUUAUUAUGAGAUAGCAUGAUGACUGUGUUAAUUGCUGUAUGCCUAGUGUCAGCACCAGACUGUAUUGCCUGGUCUGGGUUCAGAACAAGAUAACUGUGUAAUACUUAGCUUAUAGCUUUGCACUUCAUUCACUUUUAUAAAAAAAAAAAAAAAUUCGUAAGCCCAAAUAAGAACACAUUAAAAGUUAAAAAUCCAAGAAGCAUUGUAAAAAAUAUCAUUAAAUUAUGGUGUAGAAAGAUAUAAAUAAUAAUCAAGACUUAAAAACAAUGAAACGUCCACUUCUAUCUUGGGACACUUCUUCUACGGUAGAGACACUGAUGCAAUUUUAAAUACAAUUUUUGAGCUUUUGGGCUGAUUUUAACAAUAAGAAUGAGUUUUUGAAAACUUGCAGGUCUAUUCAUCAUGAAACCCUUGGUAUUGGGAUUUAGCACCAAUUUUUAAAAGAUACUUUCCAUUAUCAUUUUAAAUAAAAUUUUAUUUAUUAAGAAAGCAAAUUUAGCAUCCCAUCACAAAAUUCCUGCUUAACAUGAAUAAUUAAAUAGAAAAAAACAACUGAAAAAACAAUUCAUAAAUUAAGUCUUUUAAAAUGAUUUUUAUCUAUUAAAAUUUUUCUUAAAUAGCUAUUUGAUUUUUAGUUAAUAAUUUGUUUACAAAUUUUCUUAUCAAAUGUAAAAAUUUUAGUUUUGUUGGCUUUCUUUUUCUCCAGGAUAUGAGUAGCCAAAACAUGUAUGAUUCUGGUGUUGCUCUUAAUGGCCUGUCAUGUUUUAUCACCCCUGAUCUUGCCAGAGACUUGGCAAAUGACAUUAUGACCCUGGUGAGCAGAGAAGAAUAGUUUAAGAGUGGUUUUGUCUAAAUUAUGCACAUUCACAAGUUCUUUUCAUGUUACCCCUAGAGGACUUGAAGGCUAAAUUGUCUUUUAAAAGAAAGGUAGUUCUAUAUGUGAUAAAAUUCAUUUUGAUACAAGUUUGUUUUUUUAUAAAAAAUCUGUUAUAUCCUUAAAGUUAUCAUGUCUAAUUUGAUUUUCAGAUGACCUCUUCCAGACCCUAUCUUAGAAAGAAAGCUGUCCUGAUUAUGUAUAAAGUGUUCUUGAAGUUCCCAGAAGCUUUGCGCCCCGCAUUUCCAAGACUGAAAGAAAAAUUGGAAGAUCCAGAUCCAGGUAAAUGUCUCAGUAGUAGUAUACAGUCUUAAGUUUAACUGCGGCACAUUUGUACACAUAAACCUUAGAUUCAUGAAAAGUUCUUCUAAUGCCAAUGGAGCUCCAUGUUGUAUCAUGUGUUCACUUGUUUAAUGCUUGAAAAACAAUUGUAUUAUUUUAUAAUUUAACUUAAUUUCUUGAAUUCCCCAGUUGUUUGUAGCAAGUAAUUAUAUUAGAAAAAAACUUUUUGUGACUUUUUAUUUCUUUCUUUUAGAAAAUUUUUCUGCUCCACACUAAUUUUUGUUUAAAAAAAUUGUAUUAAUAAAAAAUUAUUGUAUUACUUCAGGAGUGCAGUCAGCAGCUGUUAAUGUUAUCUGUGAAUUAGCCCGUAAAAACCCACAGAACUAUCUGUCCUUGGCACCACUCUUCUUUAAACUAAUGACCACAUCCACUAACAACUGGGUUCUUAUCAAAAUCAUAAAGCUGGUGAGAUUUUGUCUAUUUUUUUAUCGUGGUCUUUAUUAAUCAUAACUGUAAACUUAUUUAUGUUGGUUUGACAUUUUAGAUACAUUCAGAAAAGUCAUAAGAAAGACUGCAUUAUUUAAAUAGCAAUACAUAUGAUGGAGUAAGAUUGUGAGUUAAAAUGACAUUAUAUUUUCAUGAAAGCUAUUCAUUGCACCAACGGUUUUGUUAAAAAUAUAACUCAGUUAUUUUCUUUACAUGCAGUUCAGUGCAUUAACACCAUUAGAGCCUCGGUUAGGAAAGAAACUCAUAGAGCCACUGACAAACCUCAUUCAUAGGUAAGCUAGAAUUGAUUAUAUUUUUUAUCUUUUAUAAUUAUCUUUCACUUUAACCUGUAUUUUUUUUUUUAAACUCUUCAUAACUCUUUUAUAAAGAGCAGCUAUUUAUAUGCGCAAGCAAGUUAUUUUAGCUCAUAAAAUUUUGUAUUAUUUAUUUUUUAAAGUAUGCUACAUUUAUUUCAUCGUACAAUUUGUUGAAAAAUAUAUUUUUAACAAAAAUUAAAAGAUUUUUUAAUAAUUUUGAUUUUUUUGCGAGUUUACGAUUCACGUAACAUGCCAAAGCGGGAGUCGCCAUCUUAGGAAAAUUUGUGCAAGACGCUUUUUGACUCCGCAGCACAAAAUCUUGAAUAAUGAAUAUUACUGAUGAAAAUAUCAAUCACCUUUUAACUGAAUCUUCCGGGAAAGGUAAUUGGGAACCUGAAUCAAGUGAUUCUGAUUCAGAUUAUGAGUAGAAUCUUCUUUUGCAGCUAAUUAUAGUUGUCUACACUAGAAGGUUAGUAAUCGAGUGUUUCGUCAUUCUAAAUGUUUAAAUUUUUGUUUUUAAGCAUACUGAAAUAUUUAUUAGCCAUUUUUAACGGAAUGGACGUAAAUAAAAUAAUUUUAUAUGUUUAUAUUUUAUUACAUAGAUAAUUUGAGAAGUCAUUUUUAGAAAAUGUUGUUAAAGAAUUUAAACGAUACAAUUGGCACUGCUUAUUAUGAUAUGAAAUUUGACAUCUAUGUCAUGUGUGUUGUAAAAAUUUAAUUCUUUGACGUUAAAUUUUAUAGUCAAAUGGUUUUUAGACAGCAUUGAAAAUAUUAAAAACUGGAAAUUUAAGUAAAUUACAUAUUUUAUCAUUUCAUCCUUAAAAGUAGCAUAUAGGUCUAUAAUAGUUUUUCUUUUACAUUCACAGGGUAAACUCAUAUAAUGUUCAAGUUGAUGACCCACCAGAUCCCACACCUAUGUUUCUCCGAGCCAGCAAGCCAGGCUUACAUCUGAGGGAAGAAAUGUCAACAUGAAUACAGUGAGCCAGUUUCGUCAUCCUAAAGGUUUUAUAGAUAUUUUUUCACGCUGGAUUUGGUUGAAACAUUUUUAUAAUAAACCAGCUAUUCAACUACCAUGGGACCUUCUAAACCUUCUAUCAACAGAGGUUGGUUGAUAUUUCAACAGAUAUCAGAUGAAUUUUACAAAUUUCUAGGACCACUAAUGUGCAUGGCAACUGUACAGGUCCCCAGUGUACAAAAAUACUCAUCAACUUCAACAAUCUUUCAUUUUUACCAUGACUUUUCGGCUAAUGCCUUAUUCCCAAAAACAGAUUUAUUCAAAUUAUGACAUCCUUCAAAGUUUCUAAUACUGAAACAAAAUAAGGAAAAACAGUCCAAAGUGAAUUGGUUGUCUGGCUUUAGCAGAAGAAAUUGAAAAAAACAACAAAGCAGUGUGAUGCGCGGUGGAUAAGAGUUAAUGUUCAGUGAAGAGAAAAUAAAACAGUCUCACUUAUUUCAAAUAAUAUGUAAGCAAAUGUUUUUUUUGUUGGUUUUUUGUGAGUGAACAGAACCAAAACUGAUGGUGUAUUUAGGCAAUUAUUGGUGAGAAAACAAAUAUUGUCAAAUAAUAUUUUAUCAUACAAUUCAUUCAUGUGUAGUGUUGAUCGGAUAUGUCACCCCAAGUAAAGAGAAAAGCACCGGAGAAACCAUUUUUUCCAUUUUGUUGAUAUUGCCAUCAAUAAUCUCUUCAGGAUUGUUCAUAAGAACAUUUUUAUAGAGAUGAACUAAAGCUACCUAACAUUUAACUCUCAAUUGACUUCACUGAGGAAAUUAUUUGAGCAUUAGAUGAUUUACUAAAGCUGAUGAUGUUCCAAGUGCCUCAAAUGUAAAUAACACAAAAUAGAAUAUAAUACAUCCAAUAGUUCAUAAAUGCACGGAUUUAAAAAGACAUUCUACAGAGUGAUAUAAAGUAGGAACACAAAGAAAAAAAAAAUACAAAAACAAAAAUAGAAAAUUUGAAAAUUAAAUUUUAAAAAAAAAAAAAAAAAAAAGAAUUUGAGUACUUGUACCAUAAAGUUUAAAUUUUUUAGUAUAUUUUGAAAUGUAUAAAUAAUUUUUAAAAAGGUAAAAUAAUAAUAACCUGUAAUUUUUGUGAAUACUUUCUGUAGCUGUAGUGAAUUUAAAUUUUUUAUUAUUGAAACAUUUUACAAAAUAUUUUAUAUUUUGGUCAGAUGCUCAUGAAAUCUUCGAAAUUAUACUUAUGACAUACAAAAAUGAAUUUUCUUACUGAAUAAACAUAUUUUAUUAAAUAAUUUCAGGUGGUUUGUUGUUUUCCUUCUUUGCAUCUGAUCAACAAUUUUUUUAUUUUUUUUUACACAUUUUCAUUAAAAAUUUAAGAACAAGUUUUUGACUCUUAUGUAAGGUCACUGGAAAUCUCAAGAAAAUCAAGAAAAAUUCAAGGAAUGUAAAAAUUUACACACACAAAUAAUGCUAGAUUAAAUUUUUUUAAAAUAAAAAAUUACUAUACUGUUUUGUUUUUGCUUCAAGAUAAUUGAAAGUUUCAAAUUGCAAUUUUUUCAUUUUGCUUAAUAUUUAUAAUUUAACCUCUCAUAUCCUACAUUCUAGCACUUCAGCAAUGUCCCUUCUCUAUGAAUGCAUCAACACGGUUAUAGCGGGUAAGAUCAUACAUUUAGCAUUUAAAAAAAUACAAUAAUACAAUGAAUACAGCCAUGUUUCAGAAUAAAAAUUUAAUGGGGAAACAGCAUGUUUAUUCCAAGUGUAAACAUGUUUCUUCCAUUAAAACAUGAGAUGUUAGAUUUAAAGUAAAGCCUUUGAGUUUGGGUUUAAUCAUUGCAUUCAAACUCAAUGAUCUCUUUACUUUAUAAUCAUGAAGUUAUGCAUUAUGUUUUAUGAUUGCAACAAAUAGAAUGUAAUGUUUAGGUGUCGAAGCUGUAUUUAAUUUUAGUUUUUUUAAAGAAAUAUUAAUUUGAAUUUUUUUUAUUCUCUGUAGUUGUAGUGCCAAUAAGAUAUAACACACUCUUUGUUAAUCCAAGAUAAAUGAUUUUUUAUCAUGUGCUGUUUCAAGAUGUAAUUUAAUAUUGUGGGGAGAUACUGCAAUGAUUCUAGGUUGAAUAAAAUAUUUGAAAUAAAAGGACAUACCAAAACAAUGAACAUGUCAGCAAGAAGCCUUCUUCAGCGAUCAGACGAGUAGCACAAAUAUAAAAAUUAAUAUAAACACAUUGCUGAAAUGUAGUAUCACUGACUAACAGCUUAAACGGAGCUAACAUUUUAUUUUUUAUUUCUUAUAUACAAGAGGGGUUUGUCCAUUACAGGUGCAGUUUUUUUUUUUUAUCUUUCCUCCAGUUCAGCAUCAUGUUUGACUCCCUUAUCAUUUCAAAUUGAUUUUCCUGUUUUCCCAGCGAUUUUCCUUCAUGGAUGGUUUCAGCGGCAUGUUUUUUUUUAUUAAGAUCACAACUAUGGUUGAAGAAUGCACUUGUAUAGAAGCUCUCCCUGAAAUAUUUUAUUAUAAUUUAUUCUCUGGAUAGUUCAAAGGGUUUCCUAAUUUUUAUUAGCAUGAAAAAACAAUAAAUAUAUGUCUGCAAGGAAACUUAUUUGAAUAAAAGCAACAAAAAAAAAAAGGUAGAAAUCGUAUUUAAAUCAUAUCCACAUGACCCUUCAAGUGACUCUUGUUUUUUUCUUUCCUCUCUUACUUACAGUUCUCGUUUCUAUAUCUUCAGGCAUACCCAACCAUACAGCUUCCAUUCAGGUACUCUUGGUUUGUCUUGUAAACAUAAUGCCAUGAUUUUAACUAUUUUUAUUUUGUUUAUCAUUUCAGCUAAUCUAUCCACAUCAAAACAUGAGUUUGGGUUGCACUAAGCACAAAUGUUGUGUAAAUAGCCAUAGCUUAAAAUAAAAACACAAAUUAAUGGAACAGUUCAAAAUUGUUAAUUUUUUUAAUAAAUAAAAUAUCCAUUUUAUCUGGCUUGGUUACCAUUAUAAAUUCUUUGAAAAUGUAAAAGUUGAAUAAUUACUUCUAAAAAUAUAUACAUUUUUAAAAAAGCAAAGGCAAUGAUUCAUGUGAGAGGGUUUGGGGCGGUGGGGGAGCCAACAUUUUAUAUAUCUAUUGAAGUUACCAUGAAAGACUGUAAAUUGAUAUUAAUAGCCUUGUGCAACAUCUGUGCUUUGAUGGGUGAAAAGCUUGUUCUUUGGCUUGGGACAACCAUUUUAAGAGUAGCAUGUGGAUUAUGCAUCGUAAUAUGUCACCCAAAAGCGGCACAACUGCUGAAGAAUUUUUUCCAAUUAAAAAAAAUAGGGUUAAAAAUUUCAAAUAAGCUGCAAACCAAAGUUUAAAAGCUACAUAUUAAACUCUAUAGCUUUGGAUUUUCUUAUUGAAAUGAAAUAGCAGCCUAACAUGAUCUUGUAAAAACAUAAACCUGCUAAAGUAGUUUGCUCUGAUUUUAUUUUUAAAAAUUUUCAAGGCAAUACCCAACCACUACAUUUUUAAUCCAUCUCUAAAUGCUUUUAAAUGACCUCAUUAUUUGAUUAUAUUAAUUUUUUAAACUUUAUUUUUGGCCUUUUUUUUUUUUACUGACAAAGCUAACAAAGUUCGAUGCUCUAGGCAACAAUCCUAUUGAAUAUGACAUCUUUGUUUCCUUAUUUCUUGUCACCCUCUCCCCCCUGCAGAUACUUGCAUACAGCUGUACUUUUAAAUGUGCAUGCUAAGAGAACUUCGGAGCUAUGUAUGAAAUUACUGUUUCAGAUAGAAAGAUAAUGACUAUUAAAGAAAAAUUGGGGUCUUGUUUUUGAAUUUGAGAAAUAUUAGCAUGAAAUGGUUAUGAACUUCUUCUUUGUGCAUAAAGUCUUUAAAAUUUCAAAAUUAUCAUUGAAGAAUUAUGGUUACUUUAACAUUUGAUACAAUUUUAAAAAUACUAUUUUCAUUUUUUUUUCCUGACUUGAAGACACAAUUAAAGAACAAAAAAAAAACCACAGUUAUUUUAAAAAUAGUGUGUGUGAAAAUCAAUCCAGUCUGAAAAAUAAGCUUUUACAACUCCCAAAAAAACCCCCACAAAUUAUUAAUUUCAAGACUAAACAAUACGAAUUAACAAACUUUCUAAAUAACCCUACAUAGGUGGCAUAGAUUUUUCAUAAUGUCAUUAUUACUUAAAUCAAUAAUUCCUACUUAUCAAAUUCACCUCUGAUCACUAAGUUUUAAAGUAUUCUAUAGUGUAUGAAUCCCUUGUUGUAUGUACCGAAGAUGUUCUAUCUCUCUCUUGAACGCAGUCUUUAUUAUAUUUUUAAAAAAACAUGUCAGGGCUUUAAUUUUAAUCCUAACCUCAAACUUCUUUGUUUUCAUAGAACUAAAAUUCCUUACCAAAUAACAUUGGAGUAAGUGAUAUAAUAGUAUACAUAUUGUUUUAUUUAUUUGUAAUUUAUAUUAUAUCUUCUGUAGGUUGUGUUAAAAGAAUUAAAUCAUUUUAUACAAAUAGGGGCCUUAGGAAAUUUGUUGUCAUUUGUAAAUGGAAAAAAAAAAUGUGUUGCAGCUACAUUUCAUUGAUGUCCUCUGUUUAUCAUCCACAAUGGUUCUAUGCCACCUUUAAGUUUUAGUCAGGUGAUUAGAUGUCUUGAGCUUGGGGUUGUUGAUUUUGUAUAUACUCUUUGUCUGUUGAAAAAUGUAUACAAACGUAUGAUACUAUCCAUAUUUCAUGAGGCACUCUACCAAAGUAAUGCCUCCAGACCUGCCAAAUCAGCUCAUGAGUGCAGCAUUUCCAAUUGCUCUGAGAUGCUGCUCUUUCUCUUUUAACAUGUUAAGAAAAUUAACUUUUGUACAGCAUUUUAUAUUCAUUUGUGCAACAAUGACCAUGAUAAGUGCUUUAAGCUGCUGUUUGGCUGUAAUUUGUGUUCAUUGUUAUUUGUGAUUGGGAUUUGUAAAAAGCAUGCAUUGAAAGUACAGCUACAGCAACCCAUUUAAAAUUUGAUUUUAAACUAUACUUAAAUGUAUGUUUGUUUCUCAGCUAUGUGUUCAGAAGUUACGCAUUCUUAUUGAGGAUUCAGACCAAAACUGUAAGUUGCCAAUUCAACAGCAUGUUCUUAAUAAAAAAUUUAAGCACCAGUAAUAUAUGUAUACGUUUCACUGUUAUUGCUUGUUUCAGGACUAUUUUAAUAUGUCAUCCAUUGAGAGUUAGAGAUGUCAUUAGUAUUCACCAUUUGUGAUUUAAAAGUGAUAAAACAAAACAAAAACUGACUAAAUUACUUGAAUGAUAAAAUUUGAGCAAAAAAUUGCUUUAAAUAAAUUGAUUAGUUAACAUCAUUAUUCACUUUACAAAUAAUUGAAAUUUUAUACAAAUUUUUUAACUGCUGAUUUGAUACUUUUUCAUAUUUAAAUGAUAACAGGCUCAUGAUUUCAACAGCUCUGAAAGAUGUAUGAAAUUCACAUUGCUCUUUUUUUUUAUUUAUUUAUUCUUACAAUGGUCCCUUACAGUGCAUUUUUAUUUUCAGUGAAAUAUCUGGGUUUACUGGCCAUGUCUCGUAUAUUGGCAACACAUCCCAAAUCUGUUCAAGGACACAAAGACCUAAUAUUACAGUGCCUGGAUGACAGAGAUGAAUCUAUUCGGCUCCGAGCCCUGGAUCUGCUUUAUGGAAUGGUAACAGCUCAAUAAGUACUUCCCCCUCAUUGUAAACUUUGAACAAAAUCAUUUAUUAUUUAUUGUAACUUAAUCUGUGUCAAAAGACUAUUUCAAAUGUGUGUUUUCCCCACAUGUUUAGGUGACCAAGAAAAACCUGAUGGAAAUAGUUAAGAAGUUGAUGGUACACAUGGACAAAGCUGAGGGUUCCCAUUAUAGGGAUGAGCUGUUGUCCAAAACAGUAGAGAUUUGCAGUCAGUCAAACUAUCAAUAUGUCACCAAUUUUGAAUGGUAACUUGUUUUAUAUAUCGAGCUCUCGUGAAUAAUUGUUGAGAAAAACAAAUAACUAACUUUUAGGACAAAGUCAGGUCUUUAUUUAUAAAUUACUUAACAUUUAUUUAUUUAAAAAAAUUACUAAUGGCAGAUCAGUAUCUUUAGACUUGAAGAUAUUAUAAUUUUAUUCAAUCUAGGUAUGUGAGUAUAUUGGUUGAGUUGACAAGAAUGGAGGGCACAAAGCAUGGGAAGUUGAUAGCGAAUCAAAUGUUAGAUGUGGCCAUCCGUGUACAAGCAAUACGCCACUUUGCAGUUUCACAAAUGGUAUGACAAAAUUAACUUUCUCAGUUAAAACUUAUAAUAGUUUUCGUUCUUUAAAGUUACAGUUCUUCAGUCGUUUCAAUCAUUCAAAAAUUGCUCACUGAAAUUCUAAUUUGAUAUUUAAUUUGUUUAUUUCGGGAUCAUACAUUUCUGGAUGUAAAUUUCUUAUCUCUUAAAAAAUUCAGGCUCUCUUGCUGGAGAAUUCACACAUACUGGCUAACAAUUCGCAGAGAAAUGGAAUCUGUGAAGUCCUUCAUGCAGCAGCCUGGAUCUGUGGAGAGUUUUCAGAGUGAGCACAUGUUGCAAAUAUAGUCUAUGCAAAAUUGCCUAGUUUUUAUAGUUCAUUUCAUAAAAAGAACAGGAUUAAGUAACCAUUACUAUUAAGUUUCUAAGCAAAAUUGCAUUGUUUGACUGUUCAUUUCUUACAAUUAACAGUAUUAUGUAACAUUUUCUAUGAACUUCCUGUGUGAAAAUCUGUGCUUGCAGAGGUUAUUUCAACUUGUGAAAUCAUUAAUAAUUUCUGUCAGGCAUUUGAACAAUCCUAAAGCUACACUGGAGGCCAUGCUAAAGCAAAAGAUCACAUCCUUACCUGGUCACAUACAGUCCAUUUUUGUGCAAAACAUCCUGAAAUUAUAUGGCAAGAUCCUGAAAGCAGCUGAGGCCAAGGAAGAUGAUGAGUUGAAGAAGGAAGUUCACACACUGCUACAAGAAAAACUCCCUGUGUUUAUUCAGAGUGGUGACCUGGAAGUUCAAGAGAGGGUAAAUCAUAAAUUUUGACCAAGUUAAUUUAAUUUUAAUGUUUUAACAUUUAUUUAUAGGAAGGGCAACCUUAAGAUAAAAUUGUUUUCCUGUUACCAGACUGUUGAUUGUUGUCUUAUGUUUAGAUGGUUAACUGACACAAGUUUCGAACAAAUUGUGUAUCUAUGGAACACACAAACAACAUACAUCCCCCGUCCCCAUUGUUACAAUUAAAAAUCAAAUUAUUAGCAACUUCCAACUCUUGGGUUAUACAAAAUUAAAAUGACUUGAACAUUGAAAACAAUAUAUUAAAACACGGUUUACAUUUUUUAAAAACUUGUUUGAUUUAAUUUGAAAUGUUAUCAUUGUCAAAAGACUCUGGUGAUAUUAAUAAAAGUUAUUUUUUAAAAAUGGUUUUAUACUUUCCUUUAAUUCCUUUCUGUUAAUUAGCUGUUUUUCUUGCCCUUUUCUAACAGGCAUGCAGCAUUCUUCAGAUAGUGAAAUUUGUGGUUAAACUUGAGAUGAAAGGAGCAGCUGUAGCUGAUGAGGUAGAAGGCCUGUAUUCAGGCGAGCUUAAUCCAGUGGCCCCAAAAGCUCAGAAGAAGGUCCCAGUCCCUGAAGGGUAAGGUUCUUAUUGUUUGAACAAAUUAACUUACACAUUCUUGGCAGAGUUUUAAAAAAAAAUAUAACUCCUUUUUUAAUAGUUGAUUGUAUUGAAAGAACCGGUGCUAGUUUAAGAUUUGAUAUACAGCUUAACAUCUUUAUUCAAUAUUUUGUACAAAUAAUACUUUUGAUAGAUUUCAUGAGGUACAUUAAGUUUAAUUUCUCUCCUCAGUCUUGAUCUAGAUAAAUGGAUAAAUGAACCAGUUGAAGACAGUUCAGAUGAAGAAGUUGGCGGGACAGCAUUCUUCCUUACAGAAGAUAACCAACACAGGUUGGCAGCAUAAUUAGAAUUCAAGUGUUGAAAUAAAUGUCAAAAUGAAACCAUUAUUGAUCUAUUAGGAGUGUAAUUGGAAAUUAAAUUCUUACAGAAAUGUUGGUAUGAAACAUAAUUCUGGGAUGAAAAACAAACACAAAACCUAGAACAGUAAAAUAGACUGAACAACCAAGCCCAAGAUUUUGAAGCAUUUUUUAUUUGUUUUUAAAUAAUUUCAUUUAUAUGUAUUAAAAUAAAUAUUAAAAAAAACAAAAACCCAUCCAAGUUGCUAAUUACUCAUUAUUCAGAGAUAAUAGUUACAUGAGCCCAUUUUAUUCUACAGGUCCUCGUAUCAGUAUGGAGAAGAUACUAGGCCAGCAUAUGAGCCAACAGAAGAGGAGAUAGAAAAGGUGGUUGUCUUAUGUAUAUUUUUAAUAGUUUUUUUUUAUUUAUUACAUGCUAUAUUAAAGUUUUAAAGAUUUUAUUUACAAAAAAUUUUGUAGCAAGGGCAUUUAUUGUGAAUGUGUUAAGCAAUGCAAAUAUUUACUUCUACAUUUUUCUUUUCCUUUUCAGAGAAGAGAAAUAAGAAAGACUGAAGUUGAGCACAAUCCACACUAUCUGAAAGAUGAUGGCAAAGGAAAGAAGAAAAGUAGAACUAAAGAUUCAUUAGAUUCCAAGGAUAUUCCUCCGGUAGCUGAGAUUGAUUUGUCCAUUCCGCUUCAUGUCCCUGGUAAUCACUACAUUUACAUUCAUAUUGAUCCAUGGCUCUAUAUUUUUUGUGUUUGAAAGUUAUUAAUUAGUGUAAUUUUAUUUAAGCCAACAAGAUGCUAUAAGAAAAUGUUAUCAUUUGAAGACCAUUUUUCACUUAUAUCAAUGCUUUUAAUGCUGAAAAAGUUAACAAAUUUUGAACUUGAAAACAAAGUCAGUUAAAUUUGCAAUUAAUUUUUUGAAAUUUUCUUUUAAAACGAAAAAAUUAAACCCCUGAAACAUCAUGAUUUAACUUUCAUUGGGGUGCUUUGAAUAGAAUAGUAACAUGAUUUGUUUUUAAAAUUCACUGUUAAAACCAAAACUUAAAGAUGUUUUAGAACAAUUUUUCUCUGUUUAUAUCAAAUAAACCUCUUCACAUCUUAAGCAAGAGUUAUUUGAUUGAAAAUGAUUUUUUUUAAAUGUUUUUCUCUGUAUGAAUCUAUUUAUUUUCAGGAAUGUCAUCAUCAGACAAGUACAUGAUGUUACAGCAGCAGGCUGAUCAGGCCAGGAAGGUCAAAAAAGAGAAGAGCAAAAAGAAGAGGAAGAAGGGCAAGAAAGGAAAGCAUGCUGAAGAGUCAGAAGAUGAUGAUGACAUCCCGGCAGUGCAUUCAGUCAGCACAAUUGUUGAUGCCCCUGAGGUCUGUGUUUAAAAGAAUCUAUAGAAUAGUAGUUACUAUCCUAGUGUCUCAUUUUUAUUUUACUUAGUUUACAUGUUUUAAUAAUUGUAAAGCGCUUAGAGCUUUAUGAUAAGCGCUAUAUAAAAAUGCCUAAAUAAAUAAAUAAAUAAAUGGUGGGGGGGGGGGGGGGGAAUUGUUUUUAACUAGUGUUGGCAUCAAAAUUCAGAAACUUGAUAUUUAAACACAAUACAGGUUUGAAUUUGCUAGCUUUGCAAGGUAGAUAUUGUCUUAUAGGUGAUUUUAAAUUUACAAUAUCAUUAAAAUGCUUAUUAUUACAACAGGUUUGAUUAAAGGCUUAGUUUUAUAAUAAUUUAUUUUUCAAGUCAUAUAAUUAUUAUUUGCAACAAAAUUGUGUGUUCUUGUAUCUCAGGGUGCAAAUGUAUCAGAUAAUGAAGAUGACAGGAAAAAAACUGAUUUGUACAAAGCUCUGGACAUUAACUUGGAUGAGUGAGUUAUCAUUUCAUUGUAUUGGUUUUAUAUGUGUAAGGUGUUUUUUUUAAAUUUUACUACAUAUGAUUCAGUUCCUAUGUAAUAAAGAAAUCUUUCGCUUGUAUACCAUGGUAUAUGCCACAAAAAGGUCUACAUAUUUUCAUUAAAUGUUACUUUAUUUAAACUCAAGGCCUUUAAGAGAUGAUGAAGUUCUCCCUGUCAGAACACAUCACAUUGUUCUUGAAACUUCAAAAGCUGAGGUUGACAAAGAUGUUGAGAAAGAAAAAACAAAAAAGAAGCAUAAAAAGGAUAGGGAAAAGAAGGAAAAAGAUAAGAAAGGAAAGGUAAGCAGUUUAUCAGCAUAUUAAUAUUAGAUGGAAAUCAUUAAUCUUUGUAUUAAGUACUUUCAUGGUAACGUUUAAUCAUUAGUCUUGGCUUUAAGUACUUAGAUUAAUUAGACACGACCAAUCUGUGUCAAUAUAACACUAUAUGUUAAGCUUUAAUACUAAUUUUACAUAAUACACAAAUAAACCUUUUGGCACAUGCCUUCAUCAGUAUAGCAACAAACAUUUAUAUAAGUAUAUUAAAUUUACAUAAUAUAUAUAUACAUAUAUAGGAGUGGGCGCAUGGUAAAGCAGAAAAAACUAAUUUUUUUUAAAUUCAUUUUUUUUUUUUUAAUAUUAAGGACCAGGGACAGUUUUUAACUAAAACAUCUUUUAAAAAUGUUUUCAGAAAGUAAAGAGGAAGCAUAAGAAAUCUGAAAGCAAGGACAGUGGCCCUUCAUUGCUCAUAACAGAAUCUACUGAUGUCCCAGGAACAAUCAGAGAGUCAGAUAUUGUGGAGGAAAUAGCCAGUAAUGAAACAACGCCUGUGGAACAAGAAUCUCCACAGAAAGAGGUGAUUUUUGGAUAUAAUAGGUUCUUCAGUUUAAUUACUUUUUAAAGCCAAUCUUAUCAAAUUUGUUAGAAAUUAUGCCAUCUAUCCAUGUUUUAAAAAAAAAAUAAUAUGUAUUCAAAGGGUGGUGACGACCUUAGUUUCUGGCUGUCAAAUGAUACGACAUCCAGCAAAUCGUUAACAGAUGAGACACCAGCUCUUCAGAAUGGACCAACAGAGAAGAUUUUCACAUCUCCAUCCAAUUCAAGACCCAAAAUAGCUGUUGAAAAUGUUAUAUUAACUUCUGACGAGGAAGAACCGCACACAGAAGAGGCAAGUUAUUUUUUUAAUAUAUUAGUUUUCUUUUGGUGCAACGCUUCAUAUAUAUCUUUUUAUUUUUUCAUAUUGAGAUCAUUUCAUUUUUUUUCCUUCUCAAAAGCAAAUUAGUCAAUAUAAAAUUUUAUCUAGUCCUCCCAUAUUUGUAGGUCGUGUAGUUUUUUUUAUUUGAGGGCUAUGUGAAUUACUUUAGCAGAAACCAAAAAAGAAGAAAGAAAAGAAAUCAAAAAAAGAAAAAGAAAGAGAGAAAAAAGAAAAGAAAAAGGAGAAGAAAAAGCUCAAGGAUAAGCGCAGUGAAUAUGAAGAAGCAGACGGAACAACAACACCUUCCAAAGAAGCCAUAAGUUUAUCACAGCAGCCCACGCCGAAUGAUGUCAAAUUACCAGUAAGUAAACUUUGGUGCAGAAUAAUUGUCAAACAUACGUGUUGCCAAGGAAAUUAAUAAUAUAAAUACAAAGUUAUGUAUUGUUCUGUUAGAAGCCUUCUUGAUCUAAAACACACAUGCAUGUUCAUUUACAAUUAUAAAUAGGGAGUAAGUAUAAUAAAGAAGCAACAUUUUAAAAUACUUAUCUUAUAGAAAAUUAAAAAUUGUAUAAAAGAUAUUUUCAAACUUGUGUGACUUGUAAAAAAGAUGCUAACAAAAUUGUUGAGUAAAUGAGUUAAACCAAAAGUGUGUACUAUGCUGGAGUUGUCCCAAUGAUUGAAUUUAAAAAAAAAAAAUUAUAAUGUGUUAUGUUUACCACCAUUCAGCCAAUGUCAAGUUACCUGCCACUUGCCCAAAGUACAGCCAUAAAGUUGGUGAGUUCACUCUUUUGAAAUUGCCUUUUAUUAUGUUUCACAUGAUCGUCAGUUAAAAAUCAGUCACUAUUCAGUGUGUUUUUUUUAAAUAUAAAAAAGAUGAUAAACACCUGCCUUACCAAUCUUCUAAAUUAAUUAUUUAUUUGUGUUUUACUCCUAGACCUAUGAAACCCGCAUCAACCACCAAAGAAGUGAUCAAAUAGUUGUGUCAGUUGUGUUCACCAACCUAACCAAAGACACAGUCAAAGAUCUUGAAUUUAGUGUGUUGGACACACUUAAUACAAAGCUCAUCAGAGGGGUAAUAAACAGAUCUUUUAUGUAAUAUUUAUUAACUUUCACUACUUUGUUGUUUUUUUGUAAAACUGGCAAUUGCAGAAUUAUUUUGUGUGUGGAUUUGUGUUUGAGGUUGGGCGAGGUUAGAUAUUUAACUGUAAUGUUCUUGAUAUAUAUAUACUUAACAUGCAAAAAAAAAAAAAAAAAAAAAAAAAAAAAAAAAAAAAAAAAAAAAAAAAAAAAAAAAAAAAAAUAAUUACAGAAAUAAAAAGUGAGUGGAUUUGUGUUUGAGGUUGGGCGAGGUUAGAUAUUUAACUGUAAUGUUCUUGAUAUAUAUAUACUUAACAUGCAAAAAAAAAAAAAAAAAAAAAAAAAAAAAAAAAAAGAAACACUGUAAAUAUUAACAAUACAUUAGAAAUGAUAUCACAUGAUUUACAGCAUUUUUAAUUAUGGGAAUUUGCAUUAUAAUUUUAUAAUCUUCAUGGCAUUUAAAAUUACAUCCUCUGUUAUACAUAUAAUAGUCAUUAAAAGAAAAUUACACUUGCAAAUCAAAUUAAUUAAGUGGUAACCUUUAACUUUUAAUCACCCCAUCAUUAAAGAAAAAUAUUUAUCUUACAAAAAAUGAAUACCUCUAAUACUUGAGUAUGUUACAUACUGCCCUAUUAGCAAUUUUUUUUUAAUCUGGAAAAUACUCUGGCUCCAAAAUAGUAACAUUGGGUAGCCAUUUUAGCAUUAAAUUAUAUUUUAGGUAAUACACCUUGCUUUGCACGAUGACUGGCUUCUAGCCAAAGUUUCUGAGCUACUGUUGUUAUCUUCUGGUUUUUAAUCAAAUAUGUAUAUAUGAAGAGUACAAAUUACCAGAUUGUACAUUCUCCAACAUGUGUAUUUUAUCUGCAUUAGAAAUUGAAAUGUUAUAAUAAUUUCAUUUCCAUUUCUUAAUUAACUUAUUUUUUUCCCUUACAAUUCACAAAAUUAUUUAGUAUUGUACUGUGUUCCUCCUAUAUAGAUGGGCCAGAAAUCCCAUGAUGCUGUGAAAGUCCCAUUUGUCCUUCUGCCUGAAGCCCAGAAUGAGGGCCAGUUUGCAUUCACUGUUGACAAAAUUACAAUGCCCCAAAAGUUACGGGGAACUCUAACUUACAUAAUUAAGGCAAGUGGCUAAGUCUACUCUCUGUAAUUUAAACAUAGGAGCCAGAAUGAUCAAUUCAUUGAUCGUGGGUCCUCAAAAUAAAGAAGAAGAAAUAAAAAAUAAAGAAGAAACAUCAGUGUGGUUACUUCAUUACAGUUAAAAUAUAAUUUUGAAUAUGAGACACAGUAAGGAAUAAAUAACUUCUGUUUCAUUUAAGGUAAAAUAUUUUAGAGUUGAUUUAUAUGAACUGAAUUUCAAAGCCAGUUAUGCAUUUUAAAAUGAUACAAUACUAUCCUAGAUGUAUUUAAAGUAACUUUUUUGUUUGUUCUCGGAAUACUUUUAUUUUUUAAGAUAUCUCUACAUCCCAUUUCACAAAAAAUAACUUUCUCCACAGACAGUGGAUGGUUCCACACAUGAUAAAGUUGACUUCAAGAUUAACCUUCCCUGUAGCACUUACCUUGUCACAACAUCAAGCACCAGGUAGAUGUAUAAUUUGCUUACAUAUAGUUUGUAGUGCAUACAUGUACGUAAUAUUAACUUGUAGCAAUAAAUCAAUUUCAUUCAAUAAUGUAUAAUCAAAAAGAAAAUUCUCAUUUAAGUUAAAUCCAAAAUGAAAAGAAUUCGGAAAAUAACAAGAAUUGAAAAGUGACCUUAUAGAAAAUGUUAUUAAGAAAAAGCAAUGAUUGUUAUAAAUUUAAAUUGGAAUAGAUCUAUAUUUUUGGCUACACAGGUUAGUUAACUACUUUAACCCUUACGGUACUGACAUACUUUUUGCUUUUAUUGUCUCAGUACCGGCCAUUAAUUGGCUAAUUCCCUGUGGCUCAGACAUUAUUUUGGACUCAGUCAAAAUUUGAUAGGAUUGUUAAUUUAUUUUGUAACUUUUUUGUUUUAAACAAUUGAUAAUAACAUGUAGAGAAUCAUCUGUUCAGAAAUGGAUAAGGGUGUUAAAAAACACUUCUAAUCCCAAUUAAAGCUCCAUAAUAUUUUCAGAACAAAAGGUUUCAUCAAGUGGGCGUAAGUCGCCAUCAACAAUGGCGAUUAGGUAGCGCCAUGGAAACAACAAAUACAGAUUCGUUAAAAAAACUCAGUAAUUUGUCGAUUUUCAUAAUUUAAAAGGCAAAUUAAAAUUUGACUAUUCCCCUAACGAAUAAACAUUCUGCCCGAGGCUGUGAUGAAACGUUAUAUCCUCAUUUCUGUGUUUAUAUUAGCUACCCCUCUAAGUCAUCAUGAACAAUAGUCAAUAGCGCUGGUAGCGCCAUGGAAACAACAAAUACAGAUCCGCAUAAAAAACUCAGUAAUAGGUCAAUUUUCAUAAUUUAAAAGGCAAAUUAAAAUUUGACUAUUCCCCUAACGAAUAAACAUUCUGCCCGAGACUGGGGUGAAAGGUUAUAUCCUUGUUUCUGUGUUUUUAUUAGAUACCCCUCUAUGUGGCAAAUAGACGUGCUUGGGCCACAGGGAAAACGAUCGGCUGGUGAAAAAAGACGCGCUUGGGUCACAGGGAAAACGAUCGGCUGGUGAAAAAAGACGCGCUUGGGUCACAGGGAAAAAUUAGGUCACUGCAAAAAGACGCGCCGGGUACUGUAAGGGUUAAUAUCUUAAUCAAUGCUUAAUGUUUCCAGUGAUAACUUUGCAUCCCUGUUGGCCAGUGGAGAGAUGAAAGAAAAAGCUUCAAUAAAGUUUACCCCAACAGAUGCUCAGCUGUCCCAUAUGCUGGCUAAAACAUGUUUCUUUUUGCAUUUUAGUGGUGAGACAUUAGUUCAAUGUUAAACAAUUUUCUAAAUAUAUAUUUACAACUGAUAACAAUAUCCCCCCAAAUCUAUAGAUAUGUAUGCACUUUUAAUAUCUAUCAAUUGAUCUUAAAUAUGAUUAAAUCCUGUGAUCAUUAAAGUUUAGGAAUUGUUUCAGAAAUUAAGCUAUUUGUUAUAGUUUUUUGCCACCUCAAUAUUAGCAGGAAAUUGUUUUCAAUUCUGUAUUAUUAAAAAAAAAAAGUUCUUUGCAAAAUUACUGUGUGGCUUUUUUCAUUAUAACCUUUUCAUAAAAACACAAAGUUACCAUCAAAUUCAUUGCAAUUUCUAGCCAAAUGUUUUAAAGUAACAAGUCCUGAAACUAUGAGUUUGAUAGUGGACCAGAUUAUAAAGUUAUUAAGCAUAACUCAUCUGCCAAAAAACUAAAAUGAUGUCAUUACAUUGUUCCUUGAUUCUCAACUUUUCUAGUUGUGGAACAAGUAGAAAACAGUGCCUCACUGUACAGCCGCUCAAUACAGGGACAUCCAGUGUGUUUACUAGUCAAAUAUGUAAGUUUCAUCCUCUUAGGAGGUCUAAACACUGUCAAAUUAUAUAGCUAUACAUUUCUAAGUUAGAGAAAAGCACAAUGUAGCAAAUUUAAAUAUUUACUUUUCUUACUUUUGAUAUUGGAAUUUGAAAUCCCUCGUUCACUUUACUGACUAUUUAAUUUAUUACCAUGGGAGUGGUAUCCAUGACUUAUCACUUUCUUUGCACAAUUUAGAAAUUAAAUAUCAAACUACAAUUUUAAAAAAAUAUUUAUUCUAUUAAGUGUUAUCGACUGGUGUAUACAAAACGAUAUCAACCAAUAUACUUGUAUUUCCUUUCUUUUUAUACAGGCUGAAGGCAGCCUGAUUGUAGAAGGCAAAAGUUCAGACCAGACAUUCCUCUCCAACAUUCUAGAUGAUAUGAAAACAUUGUUGUCACAAGCCUCCUAACAUUAACCCUUGUGCUGCUGCACAUCUGUGAUAUUAGAUAGAGGAGUGCAAGCAAGCUUCCAGUGCAACCUUUAAGUUCUUUGGUUUAAUUAGGAGGAGCCUGAUGGCAGAGGAGAUGAAGGAAGCCACUUCUGAUAAAGCUAAUCGUCCUUCAUAAAUUGACACCACCACCAAACUUUAAACAUUUAAUUAAGGUGGCUGAUCAAUCCAAGCUUAAGAAGUGCAAAAUUCCUAUGCAAAAAAAAAAAAAUAAAAAAAAAAUUAAAACACCCUACUUGUCCUGCUCACAGGAAACAGAUACUUCUUUUUUUGCCACUUGCUCCUCCGAAAGUGUUAAUUAUGUUUGUUCUUGUGAUUGUUGCCUCAUUAAUUUUUUUAUUGUUGUAUAAAUACGAAACUUAUUUUCAUUUCUGACAGUCCCUUUUCAGUGGGGAUUGCUUCUAGUGGUAACUGAUGACUCAGAUGAUUGAGUGAUUCAUUCCAAAAAUAAUAGUUUUCAACAGUGGAAAUGUACUGAACUCAUUGUUUAUUUGUAUAAAUCUCUUAACAAAGCCAUAAUGUUGACUUAUUAGCUAAGGAAAAUAUUAUUUUGAUCCCUAGCUUAGUUACUAGGAUGUGCGAUUAUCAACUAGAUAAUAAGACCAUCAGACUAAUGUAAUUUCCUGAACAUAUUGAUGUAUUUAUUUUUAAAUCUCUAAUCCUUGAUUCACCCCUGCUAUGCUGUUAGGCUUCAAAAUCAUUUAUACAAAAGUUAAGAAAGAAGAAUUAUGAAAGUAAAUUUUUUGAAAAUUAAAUAAAAAUGUUUUCCUUGAGAUUUUAGUAAGUGGUUGAGUAAAUUGUUGUUUUACAACUCAGACAGUUAUUUGAAAACAUUGAUCAUUUAUUAUUUCCACCCAUUUAUUCAAAAGAAACUUGUAGUUCAAAGCAAGCAAACCUCUUAGAAUUAUAAAUAUUAUAAUAAUAAUUUUAUAAAUAUUUGGAAACUUAUUGUAACAGUAUGAAGCAUUAGCACUAUAUGGUUAUUGUAAAAAAUGAAAUAGUAUUUAACAAUCUUUUGCUAAUGACAAUAUAAUCCACAAAAUCUUGAUAUUUCAAAAUUUUUCAACAUGUGAAGUAUCUUUUAUAAUAUUUCCAGUUUAUAAGAGCAUAUGAAUAAUUUGUUACAUAUUUGUUUAUAGUAUAGUAUUACCCUAAAAGCUCAAAUCAAUUAUAAAAAAAAAAAAAGAAAUAAUUAAAAAUUGAUAUAUUCAUUUCAUGAGAGUAAUUUUAAAAUUUUUCAAAAUGUGAAGUAUCUUUUAUAAUAUUUCCAGUUUAUAAAAGCAUAUGAAUAAUUUGUUACAUAUUUGUUUAUAGUAUAGUAUUACCCUAAAAGCUCAAAUAAAUUAUAAAAAAAAAAAAAGAAAUAAUUAAAAAUUGAUAUAUUCAUUUCAUGAGAGUAACAUUUUUUUUUGUUUAAAAUAAGAAAAAAUGAAUAUUUAGCAACAAAAUGUAUUAUUCACUAUUUUAAAAUUAAUCAUGUGUAUGAAAUAUUUUUAGUGCUACCAUGUAGUCUAAAUCUCUUUUUUAGUAGGGUAUACAAUAUAUUAGCUAUACAAAUAAGGCCAUUAAAAAAAACAACAGAUCUCUGCUGUAUGCUUUAAAAAAAAACGCUUGAAAGAUAUUUUUUAUUGUGUUAUUGAAGCAGUUCCACAUUUCCUAACUAGAAUUGCAGAUUUUAGGGCCUCACCAGAUUUUUUAGCCCAGAUAUAUGCUGAAGGGAUUAAAUAUCUAUAAACAAGGUGUAAAAAUAAAAAUCCCCAAGACUGUCAUAAGGUAAACAUUAUUUCCCCAUGCAUUAAAAGGCUUGAGAUUAAAAAAAAGCAACAUUUUUAUAAUUUAAUUUAUAUUAAGGGCUCUUGUUUCAGUUCUGUUAUAUUUUUUUUUACAAAAGAAGCAGUUGGUUCACUCUAAAUGUUUAUGAUUUAUUACCUAUGGAGUCUUGUGUAAAUGUUUCAUAAAAUCAUAAUGUAUGUAGUAGUCCAUUAAAAAAAAUUUAGAAGGGGUUUGUUUGAAAAUGAAUUUUUUUUCAUUUUGUUUAUUCCUAGAAUUAAUGUUGUACAUUGAUUGAAAAUUGUGCAAUAGUUGAAAAAGAAAAUCAUAUUGAGGAUUUUUCCCUCAUCCAUUCUUGGGGUC